AUGUAUGCCAGCGCUCCGCUCAGCGCUCCACGUGCCGCUGCUAACAUCGACAACCAGAAAUACACCGUGCAACCGACAGGAUUCUGGGGACGAGUACACAGGUUUCUCGCCCUCGACCCAAGCCGAUCAAGUGGUGUCCCUUUGAACCCGCAAUUCCGCAAUCCACCGCCCGGCGGCAACGAUCCACUGGAGUACACCGACCCUGUUACCGUGCCUGCAGCCGACCUGGCAGAGAACCCAUACUGGAAGCGCGAUGUACGGAGAUCGUACCCAAAGCUUUCAGUAGUAUCACAGCCCGAUGUCGUUGCGCUGUUGACAGUGGGAUCGGCAGCAGCGCCCAAGGACGAUGUGCUCAAGAUCGGAGAUGCUGGCAAGACGCAACUGGUGGAGGUCAAGGAGGAAGGAGAGAGAGGAUUAGCGACAUACUUCCAGAAGAACAGCUCUGUCGCGAAGGGCGUCCUUGGGCCAGAUGGACUUCCGCCGCUGCCAACGUCAAGACAUCCUAAAGGAAAGCGAUACGAGCUGGUGGGCGAAAACGAACAGACAUACGGCUCAGGCUACCCUUGCAGGACUUUCAUAUAG